AUGUCAGCUCCCGCCAGAGCUCCCUCAACGAUAAAGGAGCUUCAAAGCGCUCUGAGACUAAAACACAGGUCCGAUGUAGAAGCCCUGACGAAAUCCGACUACGUGAAGGAAACUUUCCGCAUGUACGCGAACCGAUGCCUCUCCUCGGGCGCGAUCAAAAAAGAGCUGCCGGACUGGAAGGACGUCGACGAGUACUUGCUGGAAAAGCAGACGUCCUGGUCGGUGCGCUCGAAUAGCCAGUCUCUCGAACAAGCGGUGACGGAGGAGAGUUACAACAACCCGUACGAUCUCCUGUCCCACGCGGCGCUCUUUGCGCUACGUAUGAUGACUUUCCUACGAGGUAAAGGUAAGAAGUACGAUGUGAGCCUGGACUAUGCGAUGUGCCCCGAGGAUGUCCUGUUUGACCGAUAUAUGCGGAUACUGAACCUGCUGGGGUUCAUGGUUAGCCAGAAUCGCGAGAUGAAAAGUAGGACGGAAUCAAAUAGGGGAUCAAUUGUGGAAUGGAAUUGGAUAUGAAGUUGCCGCGUAAUUGGCAUGACAUGAAGGGUAAGGAGGUAUGUAUGUGUGUAUGCCCGGACACUUACACCUAUAGGGGGCACCUAGUAGUACCG